GAUCGGAUACCACACCCCCAUGUUCGUCGGGUUCAUCAUCAUGUUCCUCUCCACCGUCAUGUUUGCUUUCUCAGCCUCCUACACGCUGCUGUUCAUCGCCCGAGCGCUCCAAGGCAUCGGCUCCUCGUUCUCCUCCGUCGCAGGCAUGGGCAUGCUCGCCAGCGUCUACGUCUACACGGACGACGUCGAGAGGGGCAACGCCAUGGGCAUCGCUCUGGGAGGCUUGGCCUUGGGUUUGCUGAUCGGGGCGGCCCUUGGCAGCGUGAUGUACGAGUUCGUGGGGAAAUCGUCGCCCUUCCUGGUCCUGGCAUUCCUCGCCCUCUUGGAUGGAGUUCUGCAGCUCUGCAUCCUGCAGCCCUCCAAGAUCUCCCCCGAG